AAGCGCUAUUAAGGGGGGAGUGGAUGGGCAAAACACACCAGAGCGCUACUACAGCGAACACUUGCGUCCUCAUCUGACUGCCUGGACACACCGAUCUGCUUUCUGUUUGAGGAUGCAGACGGGGAGGAGCAGCAGCCAGGGAGAGGGGGAUUCCACAGGGAACUUCAGGCUACACAUGGUCACGUGGAACGUGGGCACUGCGGAACCCCCGAGUGAUGUCACUUCCUUGCUGCAGCUGGACUCGCAGGAUGCAGUCGACCUCUACGUGAUUGGUCUGCAGGAGGUGACUGCGACGCCUCUGCGCUUCAUUUCGGACCUCGCCUAUGAUGACUCCUGGAGCCAUGCCUUUAUGGCCACUCUGGCACCAAUGGGCUAUGUCAAGGUAUCCUCCAUUAGAAUGCAGGGGCUCCUCCUCUUGCUCUUUUCCAAACUGGCCCAUGUUCCCUUCAUCCGGGACAUCCAGACCACUUACACACGCACCGGCAUCUUCGGCUACUGGGGCAAUAAGGGCGCGGUGUCCGUGCGUCUGUCCUUCUACGGCCACAUGCUGUGCUUCCUGAACUGCCACCUGGCGGCACACAUGCAGUACGCCACGCAGCGGGUCGACGAGUUCGAGUACAUCCUGGACACGCAGGACUUCCACAUGCACAACACGCCACACGUGCUGGACCACAGGGUGGUCUUCUGGUUCGGGGAUCUGAACUUCCGGAUCGCAGAUCACGGCAUGCACUUCCUGCGGUCCGCCAUCAACAGCAACCGCCUGAACCUACUGUGGGACAGGGACCAGCUGACUAUGAUGAAGAAGAAGGAGGCCUUCCUCCAGGAGUUUGAGGAGGGGCCUCUCAGCUUCAAGCCCACGUACAAAUUUGACCGGGGUACCGAGAACUAUGACACAAGGGCACAGAAGACUUGGUUGGGGUUUAAUGGUAAGAAGCGGAAGCCCGCUUGGACUGACAGGAUCUUGUGGAGAGUGAAGCCCGAAGCCCCGCCCCCAGAGCAGAGUGAGACCAAGUUGCAGGACCAGGGCCAUGACUCUUUGCUUAAAGUGUCGCAGGACACUUACACCUGUGACAUGAACUACGGUGUGAGCGACCACAAGCCUGUUAUCGCCACCUUCAGGCUGGAGCUGCAGAAGAAGUGUGAAACCCCGCUGGUCCGCGUGUGCGCGGAGGAAGAGUGGAGCGCCGACCGCGACGUCAUCGUGGCAUACAGCAUUCUGGAGCCCUUCCCCUCCAGCACCUGGGACUGGAUCGGCCUCUACAAGGUUGGGUUCAAGAGUGCCAAAGACUACGUGACUUACACCUGGGUAAAGGACGAUGAGAUCUCUAGCAGCGAUGAGCUUAUAAAGGUUUACAUGAGUAAGGAGGAGAUCCCGUUACUUGGAGGAGAAUACAUUCUCUGUUACUAUAGCAGCAAUAUGCAGAGCAUUGUGGGUAUCAGCGACCCUUUCCAGGUGCAGGAGUCCAAGGCAGCCAUUGAACAGGGUUUGGUGCCUGAGAACAUCAACGGAUUGGACAAGUUUACUGCCAAUUAAUGCCAGCGCUGCAGACACGCCCCCUUCCUCGGAGCAGUCGGAUAGGCCCCGCCUCCCCGGAGCCGCGCCCGCUGGUCCCAGCAGAGCUGGGAGAUCUGCUGUGCUGCUGCACGUCCUCGUUCCUCUCCAAGAUCCUCUUUAUGACUGAAUACUCAACUCCACUGUUGCCUCUUGCCCUUUAAGAUGGCCCUCUUGUACGGUACAGCAUGUCGAAAAUUUUCCGUUUUCACGUUUACAGGCAUUAUGUUCCUUCUUAAGUCACAUUAUGCCAGAAAUGGCUUUGCAUGCCAUGCAUAAUGGAAUUCCCAUGUUCAUAUUGUGCUUAUUGUAUUGUAAACAUAAAAACAUAAAAUAAAAUAAAUUAAAAUAAAUUUUUGAUCAAAUGAAAGAUUGAGAUUCAAACUUAGGCUCCUAAUUAGAUGAAGACGUGUUUAAUAUCUCCUUCAAAUGUAUGAACACUAUGAAUUCUUCAUUAUCUUCUCGUGGUUAGUGUUAGUGGCCAGUUGUCAAUGCUGUCUCAUCAAUAGAGCCUGUUGAUUCACCUCAGCCUUUAAUUUGAUCAUUUAAAAUAUAAUUUACCAUGUUUGCAAUCUAGUACAAUAAGCAGAAUUUGAACAUGGGAAUUUUCAUAUUUUAUUCAUGGCAUGUAUCGCUAUUCUGAUAUGGCGUGGUUUAAGACGGUAAAUAAUUCUUCUAAACAUGAAAAGUACUGGGAGUGCAGUUGUGGUUGGAAUGAAAACCAGCAUGCACAAGGACCCCGAGGACUGCGUUUGGGAACCAGUCACUGGAUGUGGUUAUGUAGAGAAGGCACAGAGAGGCUUGUGUGUGUGUGUGUGUGUGUGUGUGUGUGUGUGUGUGUGUGUGUGUGUGUGUGUGUGUGUGUGUGUCUGUGUCUGUGUCUGUGUGUCUGUGUGUGUGAGUCCAAGGGGGCUAGUGAGCUGUUACCCACCGGAAGGAUACCUUUUUUCUUUUAAUCGAUAUUUUAAUCAAUAGUCAAUAUUAUUGUAUAAAACCGUGUAGAAAGUCAAAGUGAAUGAGAGAUACCAAAUAGAAUAAUAUUAUGAAAAAACAUAAGUAUAUAUAAAUAUAUAUUUUCUUAGUUGUAAUUUUUAUAUAUUAUCAUUAACUGCCUGAGUCUUGAGAUGUGCUGUAAUUUAAAAAAAUGUGUGUUGAUCACAUUCAGAAUUAUGUUAUUGUAGCUUUCUGUUUGUUACAAUAUUUGAAGUCACAAAUUUGCACAAUUUUUUCUGUUCAUGGAUCUUUAAAUCUGUAUAUUCUGAGACCUAGUUGUCAGACUGUUCAUGUUACUAAUGAUGUUUAAUUGUGUAUGCGUGUCUUAUUUCUGACAUAUGGAAUUCUAAAAAAAUUAGGGAGAUAAAUGAAAAUUAAACAAUGGACCUAAUGUAACAAAAUAACAAACGCACCUGCAAAUGAACACACAAACAAGCUAAGGACUGAAAGAAAUGACUGUCUGCAGUCACAUAUCUGAGCCUGUGUGUGUUACAAUGCUCACAUGCAUUCAAACUACAUGACAAUACCUAGUUUUGUAACCAUUUCUUGCAGGAUAAUUCUUAUUGAAAUGUUCUUAUUCUGCUUCUCCCUCUGGCAAACUGAUUUAUUGAUGUUAAUUCUGAAAUUUAGAUUUAGUCUGUGUGUACGCAAGUGUGUGUACGACAUCAAUAUUGUACUCAUCGUAAUCUCUAACCAAAACCUGGCCACAAGUCUGAAAAUUCAAGAAUUAUUUAUUUCCAGUUAUUUCCAGAAUAUCUUUUGAAUGUUAUAUGCUUUGCAUAUUUGGUCUGCAGCCAUUGCUGUGACCCUCCCUUCCUUCGCUCUGUCUCUUUCUCCUUUCUCCUCCUCUCUCUCCCUCCCUCCCACUAUGGAAAGCCUGAAGUGCUCUUUUCUUGGUGGAAAAACAGAAAACAAAUGGCAAACAAACACAAAUGUUUUAUGAAAAAUCUUGUCCUAAUAAACACAGAAAUAAA